UUACUCACUGCUACGACUCACGUUUCUACGAUAUCGAUUGCUGUGGUAUCUUGCAACUUAUAGUUCCCUAGUACAAUGAGCCGCGAAGCCGAUAUGUCUGUUUGCGAGGAUGCGUCACGUGCGGACGAGACGACGCCGCCGAACUACGUAUUUGAACGGCGUAGCAAAGCCGUAACGACGGGUGACUUACACAGCUUUAAAGAAGAAAUCAAGGACAUGAUUAAGUCUCUAAGGGCUGCCCAGCAACAGGAGUUUAAAAAUAUUACGCCAACUAUAAUGGAGAUUAAACAGACUAACACCAAUAUCGAAAGUUCGAUCGCGUUACUUAUGAGCCAAAACCAAGAAUUGAGCAAUAGAAUCUUACAGCUGGAAAACAAGUCAAAAGAAGAUAGAGAAUAUAUAACGCUAUUAGAGGAAAAGGUUGAAAAUCUCCAAAUGGGAAGUCGCAAGUCAAACUUCGAAAUAAAGAACGUUCCUAAAAAAACCGCCGAAACAAAGGACGAAUUGGUUCAGAUGGCCCUUAGUUUGUCCUCCUCUAUUGGAGGGAACUUAUGUAAAACCGACAUCAAAGAUAUUUACAGAGUUCAUGGUAAAAAGGACUCGCAGACUUCCGCAAUCAUAGUGGAAACCUCAUCAACACUAGUAAAGAAUGACAUACUAAGGCUAUGUAAAGCUUUUAAUGUAAAGACUAAAGCUAAAUUGUGUGCAAAGCACUUGGGCCUCCGCUCCAAAGAGGAUACGCCGAUUUUUGUGUCUGAGCAACUAACUGCAAAGGGCUCCCGCCUGCACUUUCUAGCGAGAGAUCUGGCAAAAUCAAAGCAAUACAAAUUCUGCUGGACUGCCUAUGGCAAAGUCUACGUGCGAAAGGCAGAUAGCUCGCCGAUCAUAUUGAUUAAAUCGGAGGCUCAGAUUCAGCAACUUAUGAACACGGACUGACUAGUCGGGGACUGUUUUGAAAAAUUUAAUACUGAGCAUAAUUUUGCCACCGUUAACUAUGUAUCCAAUACGAUGUUUUUCUGUGACAGACUAGGUAUUUUGUAUAAUUUUUGCGGACUGUUUAUCAUAUACUGUGAAAAUCUAUUUAUAUUUUGUCAUUUAUAUUUCUCAGUGAACACACCACUCCUCACCCGGCACGACACUAACACGUACAUACUAACACACACAUUAUUCAUAUCCAAACACAAUCAUGAACAAAAACAAACUCACACGUACACUCACUACCACCAACAAUUUCAAACUCACCCACACAUACACUUUCAACUUCCAACACAACUUAAACUUUACACGCAUCUACACUUUCACCUAUACAAACAUGCUUUCCCGAAAUUACUACAUACAUUAUUACUUUCACAUAAUGCUUUUCAAGUUACACCAUUAUUGCCUCAAUCUUUUAGUAAUGAGUGACGUUGUUAACACAAUAAUAGAUAUUGAUCAGACUGAAGUUGCAAAAUCUGUCAAAUGUGAUAUUGAGGAAUUGUCUGAUUUGUUUUGUGUGAGAGAUAGUGAUUUUACACUAAUAACGCAAAACAUAAGAAGCGUUUACUGUAAUUUCAAUGACUUCUUAAUAACUAUCACAAACCUCAAAUUUAGUCCGGAUAUAAUCAUACUUACCGAGUGCUGGCUCUCUAAGGAUAAAUCUAUUCCAAUUCUAGCUGACUAUAGAAUGUACUCAUCUACCCGAUAUUUGAACCAAAAUGACGGUGUAACAGUUUACAUUAAAAAUAGAAUCUCGGCGAGUGUCAAUGAAAUUUACCUACAUGAUGCUUCAUGUGUACAAAUUAAGCUAAAUCAUAAUUUGAUUUUAGCGAUAUAUAGAUCACCUUCAAAUACAAAUGCGGGUAACUUUAUCAAUUCUUUAAACGCCCAUCUAGAAUCAAUAAAAACACAUAGACUCAUCACAAUAGCAGGAGACAUUAAUAUAAAUACCAUUCCAAGGGACAAUGAGCAAUCUUAUGAACGUAAUAAUAGAUUUAAUUACUUAAAUAUGCUCGCAGCUCAUAGUAUUUCAAUGGGACAUUGUUUCCCUACCAGGGAAUCUAGCUCAUUGGACCAUAUCAUGCUUAAAGGAGAUAGAAAUAGUGAAUUUCAGAUAGCUGUUCUUAACACGACAGUAACGGAUCAUGCUUUAGUUCUUUUGCACAAUCCCAUGAAAAACAAAGGAAAUAGUAACUGUAGGAAAACAAGGGUGCUUACUGAUUAUGAUGGUGCAGUGCACAGCUUGAGAGAGAAAAAUUUGGCUGCGCUUUUGAAUUGUAGUGAUCCCGAGGUAGUAACGCGGGAAUUGAUAAAUCGUAUAACUGACUCUCUGAAAGAAAAUACAAAGGAGGUAUGCAUUCGCAAAAAAGACCGAGUAAUCAAACCGUGGAUAACACCUGGAAUUUUACGAUGCAUUAGACAUAGGAACAAAUUGCAAUAUAGGCUGCAGAGUCAUCCACAUGACGAAAUUCUCAAAGUCACAUAUAGACGAUAUCGGAACUUCUGCAAUAACUUAGUCAAAAAACUGAAGCGAAAUUACGAGAGACAGCUUUUGCAGGACUCAACCGGUAACCCUAAAAGUUUAUGGAAAAACAUACGCAAAAUCACAUAUCUAAAUCAGACUAAAUCAGAUAAUACAAAGCUAUUAAGUAUUAGGUCAUCUCCAAAUGAUUCGGUUGCUCACGUAAACAAUUUUUUCGGUAACAUUGGAAAAAACUUAGCGGAUGCCAUAGAUCAGCCUCCUUCUAGCAAUUAUUAUUCUCUUAAUCUGCACAGUCCAUCUCAGCUAAAUUCCUUUGCUCUUAUUGAUACUGAUGAGGACGAAGUUCACACUAUACUGAUGAACUUAAAAUCGGACAGUGCUCCUGGUUGGGACAAUAUCCCGACUAGCUUUCUCAAGCUUGCUAGAAGCGAGGUGAUUCCGGUUAUUACCUAUUUAAUUAACCUCUGCUUUGGUAGUGGUAUAUUCCCAACACUCCUAAAAGAGUCUAUUAUAACACCAGUAUACAAGGGUGGAGAUGGAGACGAUGUUAAUAACUACAGGCCAAUCUCGGUGCUAACUUCACUAUCAAAAUUGGUUGAAAAAAUUAUUAACAAAAGACUUCUUAACUAUCUUGAU